AUGAACGCUGAUAAUCUCUACGGGUAUGAUCCGUCCAUAGCGGCCGCCCUUAUUUUCGUGAUUCUCUUCGCCGGCACAACAAGCUACCAUAUUUGGCAAUUAACCAAAGCACAAUGCUGGUAUUUCAUACCAUUUGUGAUUGGAGGUAUCUUUCAAAUAAUUGGAUACGUUUCUCGGAUCAUCGCCCACAACAACCUGAGCUCUGUCACUAUUUAUGCUAUCCAGACUAUCAUGAUACUUCUUGCCCCUACUUUGUAUGCUGCUUCUGUUUACAUGAUCCUCGGGCGUCUAGUACGCUAUCUCCACGCUGAGAAACUGAGUCUUGUCCCCGUGAAGUGGAUGACAAAGAUCUUCGUUGCGGGUGAUGUCUUUUCAUUCUUGCUUCAAUCUGCAGGCGGUGGGAUGAUGGCUGGCGAAACAACCCGUACUCUUGGAUCCAAUGUUGUUAUCAUCGGAUUGGUCGUGCAACUCCUCUUCUUUGGCUUCUUCGUCGUUGUCACAAUUACCUUCCACAUCCGCAUUAAUAAGUACCCGACGACGCGCUCUUUGGCAGAGCGUCAAAUGGCGCGUAACGAGGUCUGGGGACAGCAUAACUGGUCUACUGCGAUUAUGGCCCUGUAUGCGGUCAGCAUGCUUAUUUUGAUCAGAUCCGUCUAUAGGCUGGUGGAAUAUAAGGAAGGUUACAGCGGCGUUAUCAUGACCCAUGAGGCCUAUGCAUAUGUAUUAGAUGCAACAUUAAUGUGGCUGGCUAUGGUGGUCAUGAACAUUUGGCAUCCUGCUAACAUUCUUGGGGAUGCAAAGAGCGAAAAAAUCCCGGAUGAUUAUGACAUGUCGCAUUAG